UGUCGGUCACCAUGAAGUUGCUUUUACCUGCCCUAGCGAUUUGUUGCAAUGCUGUUGAAUCUUUUAAGAACAAAGGGUCGGCUAAUCACGGCGAACCGGUAUUUGUGACAAAUUACAUCAACAAAGGGGAUAUUCAAGGAGGACAGUUGGCGGCAAAAGUAGCACCGAUUGCUAAAGUCGAAAGCUACGCGGGCUUUUUUACAGUCGAUCCUAAGUACAAUUCGAGUAUGUUUUUCUGGUUUUUUCCUGCGGAAAAUAACCCGAAAAACGCUCCCUUCAUCGUCUGGCUGCAGGGAGGCCCUGGAUCUUCUUCUCUUGGAGGCCUGUUCGAAGAAAACGGCCCGUUCUACGUUAAACCCAAGGGAGGCCUCGGGUCAAGAAAAUACUACUGGUCUCAGGUCUUGAACGUGAUUUACAUCGACAAUCCUGUCGGAACGGGUUUCAGCUUUACAGACGACGAUGCCGGGUACGCAAAGAACGAAGUCGACGUGGGAAAGAAUCUUUACGAGGCUGUAAGACAAUUCUUUCAAUUGUUUCCAGAUUACAAAAACAACGACUUUUUCGUCACCGGGGAGUCGUACGCGGGCAAAUACGUUCCUGCACUCGCUUAUACCAUUCAUACCAGCAAUCCAACGGCAAAGGAAAAAAUCAACUUGAAAGGCAUUGCCAUCGGAAACGGACUUUGCGAUCCUGAAAAUAUGUUAGAUUACGGGGAUUAUCUGUUCCAACUGGGUUUACUCGACUUAAAUGGCCGGGACCAAUUUAUCAGUUUGCAAAACAACGUCGUCAGCUUGAUCAAGGAACAAAAUUACGACGCGGCUUCUGAAGCCAAUGAGAAGUUAGUAGGCGGAGAAAACACUUUGUUUAAUAACUUGACCGGUUACGAAUUCUAUUUUAACUUCUUACACACCAAAGACUACAAUCCAAACGGCGAUUUCAGAAAAUACGUCCAAAAAGACUUCGUGAGGAGAACAAUUCACGUCGGCGGCCUCCGAUUCCAAGAUGGAAAUAAGGUGGUGCGAAAGUUCUUAAAAUCCGACGUCGUGAAAUCGAUCAAACCGUGGUUUGAAGUUCUCGUCGAGAAAUACAAGAUUCUCUUGUACAGCGGCCAACUGGACAUCAUCAUCCCUUAUCCAAUGACCACCAAUUUUCUUAACAACAUGAAAUGGUCGGGAGCGGAUGAAUUUAAGCAGGCGGAAAGGAAACUGUGGAAGGUCAACGGAGAAUUGGCAGGCUACAGCAAAACUGCCAAAGGACUCACACAAGUCCUCGUGCGCGACACCGGCCAUAUGGUCCCCAUGGACCAGCCUUUGUGGGCCCUUGAUUUGAUUUCCAGGUUCACUUAUAAUAAAGCCUUUUAA